CCUUGCAUACUCUGCAAUGGAUCAGUCACACGUGUAUGCUCCGUGCCAGUUUUCUUACCUAUAUGCGAGUUUGGGAUGUAUGCUGCUGAUCGCACUACCGUCUUACAUAUGUCAAAAUCGUUCAAUUUACUGCUUUGCUGCAUAAGUCAUUUUUUUAAAUUAAGGAACCCUGGUGAUAUCAUUUUGUAUGUUAAAAAAUGUGAAAUCUGUUUUUAUGCCCAAAAAGUGAUCUCAUUUGGCAAAUUAUAUGUCCAAUUAUUUAGAUGCUCAAUUAGAGUUUCUGAAAGCUCACUAUUUGACCUUAAAUUUCCUAAUUGAAAGUUUUUUAUAUUUCAGACCGAAGUGAAAGUUUUGCGAGCGGAAAACUGGGGAAAGGAUGGGGAUUGAUGAUCCAGGACAGUACCCUACUGGUCCUAGCGGUCAAAGUAGAACAGAGCUGAAGGCUGAAGGAAAAUUUGGCGGGAAGUGGUGGCGUAUGAUCAGCACAGCCAAUGGCGACGCCGUUCAAAACCGCCCACCCUACCUUUUGCAGGGCCUGCCACGCCCAGAUAUUUCAGUUGUGUGCACCCAGUCCACGUGAACCGACGCCUCUGCACCAUCAGGAAUCCUUCUGCUCUCCGCUCACAGCUCACCUCACCGCAUCACCACUACAGUGCGCCGCCGCCCACGCCGCGAUGUCACUAAGGCGCCUCCUAGGCCUCUCCGCUGGCGUCUCCGGCCGCCUACGCCGAUCCCUCUCCACGGGCGCCACCUCCCGUCCUCCCUGGGUCAUGUUCGAGCAGGCGGCAGCGGCCGGCGGGAUGCGACUGCGCUCGUCCGCGCUCAUCGUCGAGCCGCCGGGCUUCUCCCAACUCUCCGUGCCGGCGCUCAACGUCAACACCAGCGACGUGCCGGACCCCGACAGCGACGUCGUGCAGAUCCUCGGCGGCCAAGUAUGCUCCGCGAGCGGCGACGGCCUCGUCCUCGUCACCGUCUACGACAUGCGCGCCCCGGCCCCGAUCCUCGCGAAGCAGGGCGUCCAUCACGUCCGCCAGAUGAUCACAGAGAUCGUCCCUGAGCACUACCCAGACACCACGCGCUUCCUCUGCAACCCCCUCACCGGCCAAGUGACCCGCCUCCCUGACAUCGGGGACGGCCCGACGCAGCUCCUGUGCGGCCCUCACAUGGGCGUCCUCACCCAAGCCGACCGUGGCCACGGGCCGCCGGACAGGCUCGCCGUGGCGGAGCUGCAGGGGAACAGGAUGCUCCGGUUUCUCUCGGACACGGGCGGCUGGGAGCUCGCGGUCACCGCGCCGUGCCAACUCCCUCUUGCGCGCCGGGUUUACUUCGAGAGGGGCCAGCACGACCAAGAGGCGGUUGCCUUCGGCGGCCGGCUGUGGUGGGUGGACCUCACCUGGGGUGCCAUCUCGGCGGACCCGUUCAGCGACAGGCCGGAGCCCCGGUUCGUGGAGCUACCCAGGGGCAGCGUGCUGCCUGCACGCAUGGAAGUGCCGACCGGAAGGUUGCUUCGUACCGUUGAGGAAGGGGAGGCCUUGCGGAGAGGUGGGCUGGGUAGGUACCGGCGCAUGGGGGUCAGCGACGGAAGGCCGCGGUAUGCCGAGGUGUGGAAUCGGGAGCCGUUCGUGCUCAGCGUCUUCGCGCUCGACGACGAGGGCAGCGCCUGGACGCUGGAGCACCGCCUGGUGCUCAGCCGUCUCUGGUCCGACGGAGACCAUCCGUGGCUGCCCUUGCCGGAGAAGACCACGCCUCAAAUUAGCGCCUUUGACCCGCUCAAUGGCAAUGUCAUCUACCUGUCGGUCGGAGAGCACAUCGUCGUCGUGGACAUGAACAGGGAGGAGGUGAUUGGGAGUUCUCCGAAGGACGGCACCAGUUCCUGUGUCACAUGCGUGCUUCCACCCUGGCUCGAAUCCUGCCGGAUCCCUGCUGCAGGCAAGAAGGAUGAUGGGGAAAACAAGACUUUGGCAGAUGUUCUGGUUCGUUCUGGUGGAAGUCACACGAACUGAAGCGCACCAAGUUACAAGUCGAUGUAUCUCUGGGUUUCUUAAAUCUAAAAACAAUCAAGUAGUACCUGAUGGUGGCAGUUUGCGUGGACACCCAUUUUGCGGAAAAGCUGGAGAAGUUUGGUUUUUGGAGUUUGCUCUUGAACUACUUGUUUCGGGGAAAAUCUGGAAGUUGUUUCGGGUUUUAAGUUCAAACCAGAACAUUGUAUAGAAUCACUCAAUUGAGUCAAUGUCUGGUAAGACAAUAUGCCCAUUUUUCUGUACUAAAAGGUGGACUCAACACACUUUAACUCCCUUGUGGGUAAUUUUGAUUAGGGAUCUUCCCUGCUUACCUAUCUCUACUGUAUGAAUGAGAGAUGUCUGAUGAUGUAAUGAUUGUUUGAACAUACAGUAUUCUGUUUUUACUUACUAUUGAGAAGAACCUUCAU